AUGGAUGAUGUUGAUGAAAUAUUGAACGAAAAUAACGUUCAAAACACUCAAGAUGACGACGUUGAUAUGGAGGAUGAACUAGAAGAUGGGAUCGAGGACGUUGAUGUGCCUCAUGUGGACGAAGACGAGCCUAUGGAAGAUGACGAGGAACCCGAAGAUGAAGGGGAAGAUGACGAGGAAGACGAGGACGAUGAGGAGGAGGACGAUGAUGACGAUGAUGAUGACGACGAUGAUGAUGACGAUGAUGACGACGAUGACGAUGAUGACGAUGAUCAAGACGGCGAUCAUGCAGAAGACAAUGGUGAUACAAAACAAAGUAAAACUACAAAUGACGAUAAUAGUCUUGCUAAUGGAAGCGAAAAUAAAGGUAAUAAGGAUUCUGGCCUUGGAGCUGACGAUGAAGAUGGUGAUAAAGUUGACGAUGAAGAUGAAGAUCUAAAGGAAGCCGACUCAUCACCAGACGGUAAGCCAGCCGAAAUGUCCAAACUGGAUAAAAUACACCAAUAUUAUACACAUCUUCAUCAAUCAGCUUCAAUAGCGGACUCAUAUAACAUAUUGCCUACUGCAGCCAUUCCGAUACAGACUAACGUACAAGCAUUAACCAUGUCAAAAGGUCUCAGGUAUCUUUUCCUUGGUGGUGCAGAUGGAUUCAUUAGAAAAUUUGACUUUUUGAAUACGGUGGAUGGGAAGUUAUCACUCACAAUUCAACAAAAAAAUGCUCUAGUAGACUCUAUCAUUAAUGCCGGUAUUUUGACUUCAUACUGGGAAAACGAGGUACCGCAGCCAUUAUCAAAAGUCAAAUGGGUCAAGCAAAAAACUGAUUACAUCCCAUUGGUAUCACCUGUUCAUUCUUUGGCUGUUCAAAGCGAAUGUUUAUAUAUAUUAGCCGGCCAAGAGUCAGGAGGUAUUGUAAUGCAAGGGGUCAGGUACUUUGAGGGAAGAACUUCACAUUACUUCAAAGGUCAUAGUUCAAUUGUAAACCACUUGUUGAUAAAUGAUGACGAAACAAAAUUCCUAUCUGGAUCAUGGGAUAAGACGGUAAUUGAAUGGGAUCUUGAGACGGGUGCACAACUGUCUAAGUUCAAUGCUACUUCCCAACUUUCUUCUUUGGAAUACAGGCCUAUAAAUGCUACUUAUAAACUUCCAGAACCGUCUAUUGAUGCAAAUGAGCCUUCUAGCAAGGGCGACACAUCUACAAAUAUGGAUGAUAUAGAUAUCGACACAAACUCAUUGUUUGGUGAUGACGACGAUGAAGAAGAGGACGAACAGAAAGAGGAACAGAAAGAGAAAGAGGAAGAGGGAGAGGGAGAAAAGGCGAAGGAAGAAAACAAGGAAAGUGAAGACUCAAACUCACAGCGUGAUGAAUUGGAUAAAAAACAUGAAUCGGAAAUAAUAAGUAAGAACACUCUUUCACUAAAGACAGAUGAAAGUAUCUUUUUAACGUCGUGUAUUGACGGUAAUAUUCAAAUCUGGGAUAAGAGACAACCUUCCUCACAUAUUCUGAAACUAGGUCGUAAUUUAAGUACUCCCCCAUGGUGUAUGUCUGCAUGUUGGUCAGCAGACGGUAACAAAAUAAUAGCUGGUAGGAGAAAUGCGGUAGUAGAGAUAUAUGAUUUGAGAAAACCAGAACUUCCGGAAAGUAAGUUGAAACUACCAUCCAUAUCGGGACCUGUUUCAAAAGUCAAGGCCAUGCCCAACAACCAUCAUGUUAUUGCCGCCUCGAAUGAUAAUAUAAGAAUUUUUGAUAUCAAUAACAUUGAUAAAACGCCUUUGAUUAUUCCCGGACAUCAUGGUGGCUGUAUCUCUAAUCUUUAUGUCGAUCCUACAUGUAGAUUCAUGAUUAGUACGAGUGGAAACAGGGGAUGGCAAGGUAACACUACUGACGUUACUAUAAUAUAUGACAUUGAAUUGAACUAA